CGACUCCUACCAAUAAAAAGUCACUCUCUUCGGGUUGCGUGCUCUCUGCCUCGCUAUCUUUACUCUUUGCCGAAAGUCGCUCCCUUCACGCUCUUCUACUUCACUCUUCACACCUGAUACCAUACUUUCCCACCACUUUCUCCCAACUUCUUUUGAUUUCCAUCAAUGGCUAUCAACCGAGACCCCCCUCCCCCGCCUGCGAUCGGAAAAAUCGGGCCUUACACUGUGUUCAUGACCCCACCUUCGACCCCAAAGCCUUCUCAGCCGCCGGUCUUCGCUUCGCCCAACAAGAUCGUCACUCCGCCACCGGUUCAGCCUCCGCCGCUUCAGUUCCAUAAAUCUGCUAAGUCCAUUGACUCCAGUGGACCUGUUGUGGGCUUCUUUAAGAAUGCUGUCACGAAGGUUCAGAAUGCGCAUUCGAGUUUAGAUGAUCGUUUGGCGCGCUGGUUUGGGUUGAAUCAGUCAAAGUAUCAAUGGGCGCUAGACGAUUAUCACGAGAGCAAGGGAUUGGAAAAAGGAGAUGCAAGGGCAAAAGAUAUAUCAAGCAAAGUACAGAGUGUGUAACAUGCUUGUUGGCUGAAUGUUUGAAAAUGGCAGUCUCUGCAGAGUUCUCCGUUUGGAUAUACUAUAGCUAUAUACCUAUGUAUUGAAUGGCAGAAGUGCAGCAAAUUUGUAAAGGUUCCUUUAAGCAACGUCUGGGAUCUGGGUAAUGCGAUUCUCCCCUAGAGAAGCAGUUAACUGAACUUGGUAACCUAGAGAAGCAGCUGUACUGUCAUGUUGGUUGUUUUUUUCCUUUUGUACGAGAUAACUUUUUUGGUUCAUGGACACCGAUGUGAUACCAUCUCAUUUAGUUUGGUCAAGUUCUUGGGUUCUGUAAAUUGCAGUUUUGGUAAUCGAACGUGUAUUUUUAUAA